AUGUCAGGUGAUUGCUGUAAACUCCCCCCUGUCCAAGCCGAAUAUACCCCCAAGGGUUCAUACAGCACUAUCAACGGUCUCAAGACUUACGCUGUCGGACCUGAAGACGCUAAAGUAACUGUAUUGAGCGUAUAUGAUAUCUUUGGAUACUCUCCGCAGAUCUUACAAGGUGCCGACCUCAUUGCCUCGCAGGGAUACAGAGUUUUGAUGCCUGAUUUCUGCGAUGGGAAAUACGCUACUGCCGAUAUGUUUGCUCCUGGAGGAGAGGAAAAACGAACUCAAUUCUUCUCCGGAUUUCCCGGAGCCAUCACCUCUCAACUUGAACCAGUAGCCAAAUACGUCCAACAGCUCAAGUCAUCUAGCUCUUCCUCGAAGGUCGCUGCUAUAGGUUACUGCUGGGGAUACAAAGUGGUUGUCGAAGCUCAAAGUCAAGCUGGUGUACAGGCCAUUAUCGGUGCUCACCCAUCGUUCGCCGCUAAAGAAGAUGGUGAUAAGAUUGAUGUACCUACUUUGUUGCUGCCCUCUGGAGGUGAAGAUAUGGAAGUUAUGACCCAAAUCCAAAAGAUUGUCGAAUCAAAACUCCCAGGUAAAAUCUCAAUGAAACAUUAUCCUGAUAUGCCUCAUGGAUGGAUGGCUGCCCGAGGUGAUCUCUCUGGUGGUAAAGCUACCGAAGACUUCGCGGAUGGUUACAAGUUGACUGUUAAAUUCCUCAAAGACACUUUCUAA